AUGGCUUUUGCUGGGAGCUCGUCGGCCAAACCGAUAAUUGCUGGUCCUACCGUACGAAUGGCAGCCACAAGUCCAGCAAAUGGCCCAAGUGUGGCUAUCAAGAAUGAAUCGAGUUUCUGUCUGUUCUUGCCACCCCGUCCUGGAUUAGAGAUCGCUCCUUAUGAAGACAAUGCCCUUCCAUUCUGUACAGCUCCUAAUCUUGUCCCUCACUCCAAGCCAAUACCACAAGGCUUUAUUACUACGGCUCAUUACUUAAAGACAUCCAAAUACGAACAAGUCACUGGAUACCUCAACAUCUCAAAAUACUCUCUCAAGUCCAGCGACGGUGGAGGUCAAUACGAUUCUCAUGCUGGCCGCAAACCAAUCGGUGCGUUCUGCAGAGGCUAUGACUUUUUUGUCAGCAUGAUUGAGCCUGAUCUCGGCCGAUUCUGUAUUCGAUGUUGUCAAGACACCCUUGACUGUCCUACUGGUCGAUCUGAAUAUGGCUGUCUUCGUAUCAUCUCUGGUGAUUACUCAAAGCUUGGAUCAAACUCUACUCGAUCUAGCAGAAACACUACCAUGUCUUCUUCGUCUUCUUUUUCAUAUAAAGAUGAUAGCAAGUAA